CUGCGCGUCGAGGGCAUGACCUGCGCGGCGUGCGCGUCGCGCGUCGCCAAGGCGCUCCGGUCGCUCGGCGUCGACGACAUCUCCGUGAACUGCGUCACGGACCAGGCGGGCUACGCGUCGUCGCCGGACACGGCGCGCGUCGAGGCCGAGGGCGAGAAGGCGGCGAGCGACGACCCGCACGUCGCGAAGACGACGCUCGCGACCAAGGGCAUGAUCUGCCCGAGCUGCCCGCCGCGCAUCCAGCGGGCGCUGAAGCGGCUCGACGGCGUGCGGGACGUCACCGUGUUCCUCGUCCUCGACGCCGUCGAGGUGCUCUACGACGCGCGCAUCGUCGGACCGCGGCUUCUGGCGCACCGCCUGUCGCAGCUCGGCUACGACGCGAGCGUUCAAGCCGACGACGAUGGUGUGGACGUCGCCGGCGAGGAGCGCGCGCGGAAGCUGGCGCGCGUCGCCGAGGUCCGCGCGUUCCGGCGCCGCGCGGCCGUCGCGUUCGCGCUCGCGGCGCCGGUCUUCGUGGUCAUGAUGCUCGUGAUCCCCUACGGCGCGCGCGACGCCGUGCUCGCGCUCCAGUCCAACGCGCUCGCGGGGCGGAGCCGCUACCUCGCCGUCGAGGCGCUCGGGUCGCUGCUGCUCGCGACGCCCGUGCAGUUCGUCCUCGGCUUCCGGUUCUACGUCGGCGCGUUCAACAGCCUGCGCUACGGCACGGCGAACAUGGACGUGCUCGUGGCGCUGGGCACGUCGGCGGCCUACUUCUACUCGAUCUACUGCAGCGACGGCGGCGGCGGCCACGGCCACCACGGGUCCCACGCGGACGACGCGGACUGCGUCUCGGGCCACCACUUCUUCGAGACGUCGUCGGUGUUGAUCGCCUUUGUUUUGCUGGGGAAGUUCAUGGAGGCCAAGGCCAAGGGCCGGACGUCCGAGGCGCUCCAGGCGCUGCUGAGCCUCCAGCCGAAGAUGGCGACGGUGUCGCACACCAUGGACGACGGCGGCGACUACGAGGAGGUCGUCGACGCGGGCAGUCUGAGUCGAGGCGACGUCGUCAAGAUCAAGCCCGGCGAGGCCGUGCCCGCGGACGGCGCCGUCGUGAGCGGCGAGUCGAACUGCGACGAGAGCAUGCUCACGGGCGAGUCCAUGCCCGUGGAGAAGCGGCCCGCCGACGACGACAAGGAGGCCGCGGGCAAGGUCUACGGCGGCACGAUCAACGCCGGGCCGGGCGUUUUAUUUGCGAGAGUUACCGCAGUGGGCACGGAGUCGCUCCUCGCGUCCAUCGUCAAGCUCGUGGAGCAGGCGCAGGGGUCGAAGACGCAGAUCGAGGCGCUCGCGGACUACGUCGCGCGGAACUUCGUCGCGGGCGUCGUCGCCGUCGCCGUCGCGGCCUUUGCUCUCUGGUUUUCGCUCGCGGCGACGGAGGCGGUGCCCCGGGACUGGUACGACGACGAGGGGCGCUUCCUCUUCGCCUUCCUCUUCAGCAUCGCCGUGCUGGUCGUCGCGUGCCCCUGCGCCUUGGGGUCGGCGUCGCCGAGAGCGGCUCGGAGCACCCGCUCGCGUCCGCGCUCGUCGCCACGGCCGCGGAGGCGCGGGGGCGGCGGGGCUGGCGGGGCCCGCGAUUCCGCGUCGUCGCCUUCGACGCGCUCGUCGGCCGGGGCGUCUCCGCGGCGCUGCGACGCGCGGACGACGCCGCGGCGCCGGAGCUCGUGCUCCACGUGGGCACGCGGGACCUCGUCGCCGCGGCCGGCGGCGGCCGCGGCGCUCUCGGGCCCGAGCGCGACGCGCGCGCCAAGGCCCUCGAGGCCGACGGCGCGACGGUCGUCUUCGUCCACGCGGCCGUCGGCGGCCGGCGCCUCGUCGCCGACGACUUCAAGGCGACGGCGAAGAAGCCGCCGCCGGCGGGGUCGGGGGACGUCGUGGGCAUGAUCGGCGUCGCCGACAUUAUUAGGGACGAGGCCGCGCGCGUCGUCUCCCACCUCCAGUC